CCUCGAGGAAAUCCCAGCAUUGCCUUCCUUCCCCUGCCGUGCCUCCAAGAUUUGACCUCGCGAUGAGCUCGACUUCAUCGCUGACGCCAGAACUUGCCGCUGCAAAUGCAAGCCAGCCGUUGCUAAAUGUCUGCAUCAGCUUUGCUAUUCUCGAAACCUUUUUCAUCAUUGCUUUUCUCUUUUCUUGGUAUUUCAAUAGCCACAAUACUAAUUCAAACAACGCUGUGUUAUAUCUCAUCAUGGCUGCCUACAUUUUCUGCAUAGCAGGAACUAUGACCGGAGUUGUUCACAUCACUGUUGGAGGCGCCGGAUACCACGCAGAUACGUUGCAUCCUGCUACCGUUCGAACUAUGCUCAAGAUCAUGCGAGCGCACGAAAUUAUAUACUCUCUAUCAAUCCCAUUCCCCAAACUCGCUAUCUUGUGCUUAUACUUUCGGCUUUUCACGUCCAAGAUAUCACACUAUAUUCUGUACACGACUGGCUUCCUAAUUCUUGCAACAUUCGUCUUCGCCUUCGUGUCAAUUUUCGCCAACUGCAGACCCUUUCAAUACUACUGGGACAAGCGGAUACAGGGUCAUUGUACGAUGGAUGUAGUAACCGUUUUUCGCUUUUACAGCAUACCGAAUAUUUGCACGGAUAUCACGCUUUUGAUCCUUCCGAUACCGGCACUGUGGAAUUUGCAUGUUGGAAUGUGGACGAAGAUUGGGCUUUUUAUGACCUUCCUAAUUAGUUCAAUUGGAAUCGUAACCGCCGUUCUUCGCUUUGUAUCGAUCCUUCAGGUGAACUAUCUGGAAGAUGUCACCUACCUCUGCGUCCAAACCACCAUCUGGACCGUUAUCGAACCUGGCGCAUAUUUCGUAGCUGCAACAAUGCCCACACUACGACCACUCGUUAGGCGAAUUUUCGCAGAACUGGAUAGCUUCUGUCCUUUCACACAUGCUUUUACUCAGUGGGUGCGACGGCGGCUCCCAGAAUCGACUUCCGGAAUCGAAGCUGGACACGGUCACUAUCUCCGCAAGAAGUCGUGGAACUUUAAGCUUCCUCAAGACUCUGUUCCUCAACCUAGUAGGGUACUUCGAUUAGAUGACCUACAUUAUAUGCAAAACCGCGCAACAAUGAGCCCGAGUAGCAUAGAUGAGGAGAGUAUGCUGUGUGCGGCGGCGGUAAGCCAUGAAAAGAUGAAUAGAGAGGGGAGAAAUCCGGAUGGGACGUUGCGGGGUUGGUCGUUGCAGCCGAUUCGGUUGAGUCCGCUGCGGACGUCCUUCUAUUUUGCGUAG